CCGGGCACGUCGAUGGCACCGAGACGUGGCAGCUGCUGAGCGUCUCAGCUGUCAGUGGGGCUUUUCUGCAUCGCCAGGUAGAAGAAAUCAAGGGAGAUGAUGAAAUAUAGCAAAUGCUCAGCCAGCCAUGGCUGCAGCCGUUCUGAAAAGCCCAAGGCCGGAUCCAGCAGCAGCCGCUCGCUGCAAGGUGUUCGAGGCUUAAUUAGAAAAGAAUCAGCUCCGAGAUGGAACCGUUGGCAGUGCUGUGCUUUACGUGCUGUCAUCCUGAAGGAUAUUGGAGCAGCAAAUCCAAAGCCUGCACGUGAUGCUUGUCUGAGAUGUGGUGAUACCUGGGUGCAGUGUUCCUACUUCUCCAUGGUAACCGCUGCUGCCACUCCGCACAUCGGAGCUGCUCUCUUUGCUCAUCACUAUGCUGUCACUGUUGGAGGAAGGCAUAUCACUAAUUACUUGUUGAUGGAAUUCUGCCACGUUAAAAGAGAAAAUAUUGCUGCUGCAGGAGCUCAUUGAAAGGAGGGGGUGAGAAGCGAGCCAGGGCUGUGGCAAUGAACAGGAGCUCCAAUCCCAAACGGGAUCCUUCUGCACACACCACUGCAAUUUGGGCCCAAUAGAGGAGAGCCCUAUUUGGGGUUUGAUGAGUGGAGCCAUGGUGAGGUUCGAUGGAGGGGAGCCACGCUGGGAUGCAACAGAGGGGAGCCCAGUUGGGUUUGAUGGAGCAGAGCUGUGUUUGGGAUCUGAUGGAGCAGAGCCCUAUUUCAGAUCUGAUGGAGGAAAGCCCUGUUGGGGUCCAGUGGAGCGGAGCUGUGCUGGGAUUUGAUGUAGGAGAGCUGUUGGGUUUCAGUGAAGCAAAGCUCUCUUUGGGAUAUGAUGGAGGGGAGCCCUGCUUGGGUCCAGUGGUGUGGAGUCCUAUUUGGAUCCCAUAGAGGGGAGCCUUAUUUCAGAUCUGACAGAGGGGAGCCCAGUUGUGAAGUGAUGGAGUGAAGCCCUGUUGGGGUCUGACAGAGUGGAGCCCUGAUUGGAGUCUGAUGGAGUGGAGCCCUACUGGGGUCUGUUGGAGGGGAGCUCUAAUGGGAUGUGAUGGAGGAGAGCCCAAUUGGGGUCUGAUGGAGUGGAGACCUGUUAGGGGUCCAGAGCCCUGUUUGGCACCUAGUGGACUGAAACCCUUCUGGGAUCCAGUAGUGGGGAGACAUGCUGGGAUCUGAUGGAGGAGAGCCUUACUGGGAUCCAGUGGAUUGGAGCCUGGUGGAGCAGAUCUCUGUCUGGGACCGCUCUCUGAACUCAUCUACUCACGAUUGUGAAAAGACAGCAGAAAGGAAGGGGUUUCUUCAGGUGAGGUAAGGUCAGGUUUUACUGCCUGACCGAAAUGCAGAUGUCAAACCGAAAAUUGAAGGGCAAAGAGAGCCAUGAAAACAGAAAUAUGGCUUGGGCAGGACACCCAGGGUGAGGGAGGUGGUGGAGGCUUUGACCAAGUGCCCUGCCUUGCCAGAAAGAAGUGUGGGCAGGUGAGGCAGCUGAUGGGAAAGGAGACAUUGAUUUGGGGCCGUAUUGCUUACUUUGAGGAUUCAAUCACAGCAUCUUCAGGGUGUGAGAUAACCCUGCAUGGCAGACAGGAGGGUCUUGUGCAGAGUGCUGAGAUGUGGUUAAUCCAGUGCUACUGAAACAGGGAAAAGCCACCCAGGAGGGUGGCAGGGGCUGUGGAAGCAGCUCCCAGCAGCACAGAGGUGGCUGCAGCGGUACGUGAAGCAUUUGCACUGCAGUCUCCUUUUAUGGGAAGCAGCUCCCGUUCCAAGCGAGGCACGGGCUGACGGAUCCCAUAUGGCAGACAGGUUUGUCGUGGUCUGGAGGCUGUCAGCCUGCCUAGGAGCAGCUCGCUGCUGCAUCGAGCUAUGUUUUAGUACUGGAGGAUGAGCACAGGGGUGUUUUAAUGGAGAGUAUGUAACCAAGAGAUGCAGGUUUUCCAACCAUUGCUUCGUGUGGGUUCAUUCGUUCUGUUUGCCUCUUGGUUCCUGGAGCUCAGCCUGGAGCACCUUUGGGUGCUGUUGUGUGAAUGCUGUCUGUUGGAUGCACGUAUGGAUGGCAAAAAAAUCCUCGUUCUUAUUGUGCUUGUUUGCUGAUUAAGGGUGAAACUGUGUAAAUGGAGGGCUAGGAAGAGCCCCGUUUAGAUCACUCUUUACAAUAAUAGCUAUUAACGUCGUUGUAAUGUGUAAUUAGUAUUAAUCACUGCUAACUUGUAAUAAUCGCUUUGCACAUCUGUAGACUUUCAUAUUUUAUAGCAAUAAGGAACAGUGCACGGGCUUUGUAGAAAAGGUUUGGAGGGCAGUUUUUAGACCCCAAAAGCUUGCAGGCUUUGUUCUUUGGCUGAACAGGAGGCAGAAGGGAGAAACGUGGGGAAAAAAAAAUCCAGAUUUGAGUUUGAUUCCUAUUAAUCAUCAUACAGGAGUGUAUCUGGGUUGGGAAUCCCCGGUGAAGGCGCUACACCAACGUAAGUCCAAGGGUUUGCUGCUCUCCAAAAAGCUCUCAGUCAUCUUCUCAGUUUGCAACGCUUUUGUUGCUCUUGUGUGAGUUUGGGGUUUUGUUUCCAAGCCUCUGGUUUGUACAAGGGUGAGGUGAGAUCAUGGAGUCAGUGAGGUUGGGAAGGACCUCCAAGAUCUUCUUGUCCAAGAGAGGCUGGGAAACCUGCUCCAGCCACAGAGGUUUCCUUACCCGUGACACCCCAAAGCAGAAGGCUGGGGCUGCUGGCAGCUUGUGGAGAGCCUAGAGACCUCGAGAACAGCCAGCUGCCCCAAGCAGGGGCUGUGCUAGGUUGGGAUAUAAAGCCUUGUGCUUGUUUGCUGGCUUCAGAUAAAUCCCGUCCCUUUCACUCCACCACCUCUCCUGUUGCUAAUGAGCAGAACGAUGAUGGGCUGUGGGGAUCUCUCCAUGCUGGUGUGGCCCUUGGGGACCAGAACACUGGUCCCGGAUGUCCUCUUCUUCUGUAGCACUUUCCAUUUAAUAACUGGCGCUUUUCAUUUGCUAAUUGGCACUGAUUAGCUAUGGGGUGAGAGGCGUGCCCUCCGCUGGGGCUCCAUGCUCUCUCUGGGGCUCCUCUUCUAUAUUUUUCUCCUUCUUAACAUGCCACAUGAUUUUGCUCAGGAGCUAAUGUGCGAUGUUGAUCUCCAUAAUGAGCCUUUUUGACAGUCUGGGCACAUUUGGGAAUAAUUCCUUGAGCAGACGAAAUCCUUAGGCCAGAACUGCUCGUUCUCAGCGGUUUCCAAAUGAAGCUGCAAUUGUUCAGCAGUGACAGAUGAGAAAUAGUUCGGGAGCUGCAAAUUGCACAAGCUGGGAACAGAUUUCUCUCCUUCCCAUCCGGAUGGCACGUGACUCACUCAGAUUUUGCUGGGUAAUUUUAUACCCAUCUCCAACCAGCCUACAUGUGCAGAGCAAGGGAGGGCAGGGGGAUGAAAUCUGCGUCCUGAACGUGGGCCGGGCGGUGGUGGUCCUCUCCUGGGAGCAGAAAGGCGUUUGGAUUUUGGUCCCCUCGCUCUGCAGGCUCACAGCUGAAAGGAUGGAGAACUCGUCAGUGGCCUCGGCCUCCUCGGAGGCGGGCAGCAGCCGCUCACAGGAGAUCGAGGAGCUGGAGCGCUUCAUCGACAGCUACGUGCUGGAGUACCAGGUGCAGGGGCUGCUCAGCGACAAGACUGAGGGCGACGGCGAGAGCGAGAAGACGCAGUCCAACAUCUCUCAGUGGACGGCGGAUUGCAGUGAGCAGCUCGAUGGCAGCUGCUCCCCAUCCAGAGGGAAGGGCUCGUCGUCCCACCAGCACAAGCAGGAAGAUUGGGAUCACAGCAGCGGCGGGAGCGCAGGAUCGCGGCCGGGGUCAGGCUCCAGGUGUGGCUCUGGAUCGAGGUCUGGGAGGAGCAGCCAGUUGAGGCGCACCACCAAGAAUGGCAACAAGGAGGGCUCCCUUGACAUGCUGGGCACUGACAUCUGGGCUGCCAACACCUUUGAUUCCUUCAGUGGUGCGACGUGGGACCUGCAGCCUGAAAAACUAGAUUUCAGCCAAUUCCACAGGAAGCUCCGGAACACCUCCAAACACCCACUGCCCCACAUCGACAGGGAAGGGCUUGGAAAAGGGAAAUAUGAGGAUGGUGACAGCAUCAAUCUGAACGACAUCGAGAAGGUCCUCCCAGCGUGGCAGGGUUACCACCCGCUGCCUCAUGAAGCUGAAAUCGCACACACCAAAAAGCUGUUCAGAAGGAGGAGAAACGACAGGAGGCGACAACAGAGACUUCCUGGUGGGAACAAGUCCCAGCAGCACGCAGACCAUCAGCAAGGUGGUACCAAACACAACAGAGAUCACCAGAAGCUCUACCAAGGAGGUCAGGCCCCUCACUCCUCUGGUAGACCAGGCCACCACGGCUACAGCCAGAACCGGCGAUGGCACCACAACCAGAAGCACUCGCCCAAUGACAAAGAGACGCACAGGAGCACCAAAGAGACUGAGAAUCUGAAAAUCGAGGACACCUCCACUGGCACAGGGCAAAGCCCCGUGGAGGCGCAGCGCAGUCCGGAGGCGGUGGAGAAGCAGUCCCAGCCUUACAGCCCAGAGGUGGAGACCAAGAGGAAGGACAGCAUUCACGAGCGCGUUGGGGAAAGGCCCAAGAUCAACUUGCUUCAGUCUUCUAAAGACAGGCUGCGGAGGAGACUAAAAGAAAAGGACGAAGUCACAGUGGAAACCACCCACCCUGAAAAGAACAAAAUGGACAAAUUAAUUGAAAUCCUUAACAGCAUGCGUAACAACAGCAGUGACGUUGACUCCAAGCUGACCACCUUCAUGGAGGAGGCUCAGAACUCCACCAACUCUGAGGAAAUGCUUGGGGAGAUAGUUAAAACCAUCUACCAGAAAGCAGUGACAGACCGCAGCUUUGCUUCCACGGCUGCCAAGCUCUGUGACAAAAUGGCCCUCUUCAUGGUGGAAGGAACCAAGUUCCGGAGUCUGCUCCUCAACAUGCUGCAGAAGGAUUUCACCAUGCGGGAGGAGCUGCAGCAGCGGGACGUGGAGCGCUGGCUUGGCUUCAUCACCUUCCUCUGUGAGGUCUUUGGCACCAUGAGGAGCAGCACCGGGGAGCCCUUCCGAGUCCUUGUGUGCCCCAUCUACACCUGCCUCAGGGAGUUGUUACAAUCUCAGGAUGUGAAGGAGGAUGCCGUGCUGUGCUGCUCCAUGGAGCUGCAGAGCACCGGCCGGCUGCUGGAGGAGCAGCUGCCUGAGAUGAUGACGGAGCUGCUGGCUGCGGCCCGCGACAAGAUGCUGUGUCCCUCUGAGUCCAUGCUGACGCGUUCCCUCCUGCUGGAGGUCAUCGAGCUGCACGCCAACAAUUGGAACCCGCUGACGCCCACCAUCACGCAGUACUACAACAAGACAAUCCAAAAACUGACGGCCUGAGGGGCAGGGCAGGGUGGGGUGGGAAGGGGCGAGGAGAAGACGUGCACCUUAGCGGGAUUCCAGUUGAUGUACCCAAGCAGACAAACCCCAGCAUGCUCGAGAAUUAUGUUCGUGGGGUGGGGAGGGAGAAGCAUGUUUCUUUCAGCCUCGUCGCCAAGUGCCACCCCUCCUCCCUGCCGUGUUUUUGUUGUAGGGUUUUCUUUUCUGAAAUCGGCGUGUCCCGCCGGGUUAUUGUUUGGCUUUAGAAAGACGACGGUGAGUCGGAGGAGCGAGCCCAAUGGGGCCAGGAUUGUUUUCACGCUGUCCCCCCGCCCGGCUCCGGCCAACUGGCAGCAGGCAGCACACAGCAGAUGUCUGGGGAGGACAAAGCGUGGCACACACUACACAGACACUCAUCACUGACGGCUUUUGUGCAGCGGAGCUCUCGUUAUUUUAUUUUUCGCCCUCCUCUUCUCUUCAGCUUUCUGCCCCCACCUCCGCUCCGUCUCCUCCGGAUUUCGAUGGGCACAUAGGAUGGCUUUCUGAUUUGCACUGGGUUUUGUUUGUUUUUUUUUUCUCGUGUUUUUAUUCUAUUUUAUUUUAUGACCGUCAAAACGGACAAUUGCGAUCCGCGCGGAGAUGGGGCAGCAGUGCUCACCCUCCGCUCACGAAUGGUUUCAUGAAGAUGCUGAAGCAGGAGAAGGAUUUUACAAGAGCCCAAAAGCCACUUUUGGAGAAACGUAGCCACAGUCUUCUUGCCAGAAACCUCGCAGAUUUACCCAAAAACACGUGCCCUGAGCUAGGAGCUCUGCAGAAUACGGGAUGCUGCUAUGCUGCAGCAUCUCCCAUCCACUUAACAGUAGCCCUUUUUUUUUUAAAAAAAAAUUUUUUUGUUGUUGUUGUUGUUUCUGUUGAAAGAGUGCUUUAUUGUAAUUACUGUCAUCAUUGUAAUUAUACAUUUAAGAGCAGGCCUGUUAUAGUCAGGCCUAUUCAUGUACAGGGCAAGGGAGAAAUGAAGACUUGGUGUUCUUGGGAAACCAGCAGAGAGAAGGCAAAAAGCAUAUGGCAAAAAAAAAAAAAAAAAAGGGAGGAAAAAGAAGAGGAAAACAACGAGAAGCCAAAAAUACAGGUUUCCUGCUGCUUUCUCACUGGCUGCAUUUCCUACCUAGUUUGUAGACUGCGAUUCGGUGGGCUUGGAGGUUCCUUCCAACCCAUCUGUUCCAUGGUUCUGUGAUCUUCAAGGUCCCUUCCUACCCAACCAUUACGUGGUUCUGUGGAUCUCUGGGGAGCUGGAAGAGCAGAGACUUUUGACGUGAAGGUGUUGAGGAAGUGAGAGUCUUGGUUAGACGGUUCAGAGCGCUGGGAGCCGUUCGGUUGGUUGCCUGUUGGUGUGUCUGCAGAUCCACACCUGGAGUACGAGAGAGGAACUGGGGAGAAGAGCUUCAACGGUCCUAAAUGCUGAGGAAACAGAGAGAUGGUUGCCUGUAUGGAAGGACUGAUACCAGGAUCUGAGCUGGCAGCCUCCCCGCAGCCCGCAACACAGCAUCCCUUGGACCCUGCUCUCUGACUGGAGCAAAAGAAGGAAAAAAGAAGGAAAAAAAAAUAUAUAAAAAAUCUAAAGAGAAAAAAAAAAGCAAAAAAAAAAAACAAAAAAAAACAAAAACAAAAAAAAAAAAUCCCAGGAGAAAAUCCCAGGGGGAGAUUUGCCCUCCAGCACCGGGAUUUCUCCCAUCAAAGAACUUCUGUGUGAAAUCCAUCCAUGUUCAUCCCACCACGGACCGCUCGGUCACUCACUGCAUCCCUCACUCCGUUGAUGCGUGAGAAUCUAGGAGUUGACCAAAAAUGUCAUUUUUUUUUCCCCCCAGUAUUACGUUCUGCUGCUGGUGUCCCUCACUGUGGGGGCAAAGUGUGGGCAACGUUGUAUUUUGGGUGCGGAAUACCCUCUUUUGGCCAAAAGUGGGGCUGGCACCGCGGCGAUGUCCCAAAACUGCAGCCCCCAGCAUCCUCCUUCCCAUUGCCAAACAACUGCCAGAGAUUUAGUGUUGGUGCCCACAACCAAUUCAUUUGGAUCCCCCAUGAGAGAGUUCAGCCCCAUUUGGAGGACUGUUUUGUCUGUAUGCAGGUGGAACAAAAACGGGGGGAAAAAAAGGCAAGGUGAUUUGCCUGGUUCCCCUCAUCCCCCAAAGGGGAUUGAUCAGUUGGCGUGAUUGACAGUUUCGGAGGAAAACUUAUCAGAAGAACUUACAAUUUAUUCUCCUGCUUUAUUUUAUAACAUCCCUCUCUUGGAAAUAUUUCCCCGCUGGGUAUUUGAUGGCUUUACACUAAUUUUACUCUUCUUGGUGUGAGCUGUUCGCCCAUCCCAGUGACACGCAGUAUUUUUCAGGAGAACAAACACAAAGGACCGCGUCCAUCGCCAAGGGAGCAGCAAUGUCCUGCAGAAGUUCACACUAGCAGUUCCUUUUUUUUUUUUUUUAAUGUAUUUAUUUGCAUUUGAAGAGGCACCAUUUUUAAUUUAAUCGUAUUUGUUAAAUGAAGCGCUUUAAAAAAAAAAAAAAAUUAAAAAAAAAAAAACAAGGAGAAA